AUGAGAAUUGAUGGCACCAUAGACAGCUGCCCCUGCCUGAAGGUCACACAGAAGUCCUUUGGCUCGCAGAACAGUAAAACAGACGUCAUGUUUUUUCGAUUAAGCAUGCCCAUCGAAUGUGCUGAGGUGUUCUCCAGAUCAGCUGCAGGAGGGUUACCAGGCUCUGGUCUUUUUGGCCCGAAGAAUGACUUGGAGGAUUAUGAUGCUGAUUCUGAUUUUGAGGUUCUAAUGAAAACUGCUCAUGGUCAUCUAGUUCCCGACCGGACCGAAAGAGAAAAAGAUGCCACAAAACCAGAGUUAAACAACCAUAAAGAUUAUGUUCAAGAAAAGCCUUCACGUCUUAAACAAAGAUUUAUGCUCAGGAGGACAAAGCCAGAUUAUAGCACGAGUCACUCUGCACGGCUUACUGAGGAUGUGCUAGCAGAUGAUAGGGAUGACUAUGAUUAUUUGAUGCAAACUUCCACGUACUAUUAUUCAGUGAGAAUAUUUCCUGGUCAAGAACCUGCUAAUGUCUGGGUGGGCUGGAUUACAUCUGACUUUCACCAGUAUGACACAAGCUUUGACUUGGACAGAGUGCGUACUGUCACAGUUACACUGGGAGAUGAAAAGGGGAAGGUUCAUGAGAGUAUAAAACGCAGCAACUGCUAUAUGGUGUGCGCAGGAGAGAGCAUGAGCCCUGGACAAGGACGUAAUAAUAAUGGUCUGGAGAUUGGUUGCUUGGUUGAUGCUGCCAGUGGCCUGCUGACUUUCACGGCUAAUGGCAAGGAACUAGGCACAUACUAUCAGGUUGAACCAAGUACUAAGUUAUUUCCUGCUGUAUUUGCUCAAGCUACAAGCCCCAAUGUUUUCCAGUUUGAAUUGGGAAGAAUAAAGAAUGUAAUGCCAUUAUCUGCUGGCUUAUUCAAAAGCGAACACAAAAACCCGGUCUCUCAAUGUCCUCCACGUCUCCAUGUCCAAUUUCUGACUCAUGUGCUCUGGAGCAGAGUGCCAAACCACUUCUUGAAGGUUGAUGUCUCUCGGAUUAGUGAACGUCAGGGGUGGAUGAUACAGUGCCUGAAUCCUCUGCAGUUCAUGGCCCUUCAUAUUCCCGAAGAAAACAGAACAAUUGAUAUUUUAGAGCUGACAGAACAAGAAGAAUUGCUGAAAUUUCACUAUCAUACCCUCCGAUUAUAUUCAGCUGUUUGUGCUUUAGGCAACAACCGAGUGGCCCAUGCUAUGUGUAGCCACGUGGAUGAAUCUCAACUCCUGUAUGCUAUUGAGAAUAAAUAUAUGCCAGGAUUAUUACGUGCAGGAUAUUAUGACUUACUCAUUGACAUCCAUCUCAAUACCUAUGCAACUGCCAGGUUAAUGAUGAAUAAUGAAUUUAUAGUUCCAAUGACAGAUGAGACCAAGAGUAUUACUUUGUUUCCUGAUGAAAACAAAAAACAUGGCCUCCCUGGUAUAGGACUUAGCACUUCAUUAAGGCCAAGAAUGCAGUUCUCCUCCCCGAGUUUUGUAAGCAUUAGCAGUGAAUGCUUUCAGUUCAGUCCUGAAUUCCCUCUGGAAAUCUUAAAGGCCAAAACCAUAGAGAUGCUGACUGAAGCUGUUCAGGAGGGCAGCCUCCAUGUCAGAGAUCCAGUUGGAGGUUCUACAGAAUUUCUGUUUGUCCCUCUCAUCAAGCUCUUUUAUACCCUCCUAAUUAUGGGAAUCUUCCACAAUGGGGAUCUGAAACACAUCUUACAGUUGAUUGAGCCCCGGGUUUUCAAAGAAGCAAUGAGCCAGGAGGAUGAAAUUGAUUUCUCAGAGAAGGAGCUGAGUUCAGAUGAGCUCAAGUCAGAAGAAGGAGAGGAAGAAGCCAGAGGGGAGCAAGUGCCAAAGGAAGGACUCCUUCAGAUGAAACUUCCAGAACCUGUUAAAUUACAGAUGUGUCUUCUACUCCAGUACCUGUGUGAUUGCCAAGUACGACACCGAAUAGAAGCCAUUGUAGCAUUUUCGGAUGAUUUUGUGGCCAAACUUCAAGAGAAUCAACGCUUCCGGUAUAAUGAAGUGAUGCAGGCCUUGAACAUGUCUGCUGCCCUGACAGCUAGAAAAACAAAAGAAUUUCGAUCCCCACCUCAGGAGCAGAUUAACAUGCUGCUGAACUUUAAAGAUGAUAAAAAUGAUUGUCCUUGCCCUGAAGAAAUUCGGGAUCAACUCUUGGAUUUCCAUGAAGACCUAAUGACACACUGUGGAAUUGAAUUAGAUGAAGAUGGAACCUUGGAUGGAAACAGUGAUUUAACCAUUAGGGGUCGCCUCCUAUACCUUAUGGAAAAAGUUACAUAUCUGAAGAAGAAGCAAACUGAGAAGCCAGUUGAUGAUGAUGCUAAGACAUCCUCUACUCUUCAGCAGUUGAUUUCAGACACAAUGGUACGCUGGGCCCAGGAAUCGGUGAUAGAAGACCCGGAGUUAGUGAGGGCCAUGUUUGUAUUGCUACAUCGCCAAUAUGAUGGUAUUGGUGGCCUGGUGCGAGCCCUACCAAAGACCUACACCAUAAAUAGUGUGUCUGUGGAAGACACAAUCAAUCUUCUGGCAUCCCUCGGCCAAAUCCGUUCCUUGCUUAGUGUCAGAAUGGGGAAGGAGGAAGAGAAACUUAUGAUUCGUGGAUUAGGAGACAUCAUGAAUAAUAAAGUAUUUUACCAACAUCCAAAUCUCAUGAGAGCUUUAGGCAUGCAUGAAACUGUCAUGGAAGUGAUGGUAAAUGUGCUUGGUGGAGGAGAAUCCAAGGAAAUCACUUUCCCAAAGAUGGUGGCAAACUGCUGUCGUUUUCUGUGUUAUUUUUGCCGCAUCAGCAGGCAGAAUCAGAAAGCUAUGUUUGAUCAUCUUAGCUAUUUAUUGGAAAACAGCAGUGUUGGCCUUGCCUCUCCUUCUAUGCGAGGAUCAACUCCUUUAGAUGUUGCAGCAGCCUCUGUGAUGGAUAACAAUGAACUUGCACUAGCUUUAAGGGAGCCUGAUCUGGAGAAGGUGGUUCGCUACUUGGCUGGAUGUGGAUUGCAGAGUUGUCCUUUGUUGAUUUCUAAAGGCUACCCAGACAUCGGAUGGAAUCCAGUUGAAGGAGAGAGAUAUUUGGAUUUUCUUCGUUUUGCUGUAUUUUGCAAUGGUGGAGUAGAAGCCUAUAAUUUUAUAACUUCCUCUAAUAUUCACAUAAGAGAGAGUGUGGAGGAGAACGCUAAUGUUGUAGUCAGACUGCUUAUCCGUCGACCUGAAUGUUUUGGUCCAGCUCUAAGAGGAGAAGGAGGCAAUGGUUUACUUGCUGCCAUGGAGGAAGCAAUACAAAUAUCAGAAGAUCCAACAAGAGAUGGACCUUCCCCAAAUAAUGGGUCUAGUAAAACCCUGGAAAUGGAAGAACAAGAAGAUGACACUAUUCACAUGGGAAAUGCAAUCAUGACCUUUUAUGCUGCUUUGAUUGAUCUCUUAGGACGUUGUGCCCCUGAAAUGCAUCUAAUCCAUGCUGGUAAAGGGGAAGCCAUUAGAAUCAGAUCAAUUCUACGGUCUUUGAUUCCACUGGAGGAUUUGGUGGGAGUAAUUAGUAUUCCUUUCCACAUGCCAACCAUAGCUAAAGAUGGUACUGUGGUGGAACCUGACAUGUCUGCGGGGUUUUGCCCAGAUCACAAGGCAGCCAUGGUUUUGUUCCUUGACAGGGUCUAUGGAAUUGAGGAUCAGGAUUUUCUCCUACAUCUUCUUGAAGUUGGCUUUCUGCCAGAUCUUCGUGCUGCUGCUUCUUUAGAUACAGCUGCUUUAAGUGCUACGGAUAUGGCUUUGGCUCUGAAUCGAUACCUUUGCACAGCAGUCUUGCCUCUGUUGACCAGAUGUGCUCCUCUUUUUGCUGGCACAGAGCACCAUGCUUCCCUCAUCGAUUCCUUAUUACAUACAGUGUACAGACUCUCAAAGGGAUGCUCUCUUACCAAAGCUCAGCGAGAUUCUAUUGAAGAGUGUUUACUGUCUAUCUGUGGGCAGUUGCGGCCUUCCAUGAUGCAGCAUUUGCUGAGAAGAUUAGUAUUUGAUGUUCCUCUAUUAAAUGAACAUGCAAAGAUGCCUCUCAAGUUGCUGACAAAUCAUUAUGAAAGGUGUUGGAAGUAUUAUUGUUUGCCAGGUGGAUGGGGUAGCUUUGGUGCUGCCUCAGAAGAAGAACUCCAUUUAUCCAGAAAGUUGUUCUGGGGUAUUUUUGAUGCCUUGUCUCAGAAGAAGUAUGAACAGGAACUGUUCAAAUUGGCUUUGCCUUGUCUGAGCGCAGUUGCAGGGGCCUUACCUCCAGACUAUAUGGAAUCAAAUUACGUCAAUAUGAUGGAAAAACAGUCUUCAAUGGAUUCAGAUGGGAACUUUAAUCCUCAGCCUGUUGAUACAUCAAACAUUACAAUACCUGAAAAGCUAGAAUAUUUCAUCAAUAAAUAUGCAGAACACUCUCAUGACAAAUGGUCAAUGGAAAAGUUUGCCAACGGAUGGACAUAUGGUGAAACGUAUUCUGAAUCCGGAAAAGUGCAACCAUUAAUGAAACAAUAUAAGUUGCUAUCUGAAAAGGAGAAAGAAAUUUAUCGAUGGCCAAUCAAAGAAUCACUAAAAACUAUGCUGGCAUGGGGAUGGAGAAUCGAAAGAACACGGGAGGGAGAUUCCAUGGCACUGUAUAAUCGGACGCGUCGCAUAUCUCAAACCAGUCAA